CCUCGUCAUAACGUUCAACGUCACGAAAUUAGCAUUGACAACAAGGCUAUCAGAUUUUAUAGAAUUGCAUAAUUUUGCUGCCAUACAAAGGGCAGGCAUAGGCUAGCUUGAACUGUCAUCCAAAUUUAGAGUUUGGAGGAAAAUUAAACCGUGACAAUGAAAUUCCUGUAUAAAGAAGAGCACCCAUUUGAGAAGAGAAGAUCGGAGGGGGAAAAGAUCAGGAAGAAGUACCCAGAUAGAGUGCCGGUGAUAGUGGAGAAAGCCCCCAAAGCCAGAAUUGGUGAUUUGGACAAGAAGAAAUAUCUUGUACCCUCUGAUCUUACAGUGGGACAGUUCUACUUCCUGAUACGGAAGAGGAUUCACCUGCGGGCAGAGGACGCCCUUUUCUUUUUUGUCAACAAUGUCAUUCCUCCCACCUCAGCCACCAUGGGACUACUUUACCAGGAACACCACGAAGAGGACUUCUUUCUUUACAUUGCCUACAGUGAUGAGAGUGUCUACGGAGACAGCCAAACGAAAGUCUAGCUAACCACCUUUCAGCACAUCUGCAGUCUGACUCUGCAUCGUCACAAAGAUAAAUAAAAGCAAUUUAGUUGCCAUCAGAUUAGUCUUUUAAUGCACUUUCAAACCCUCUUGCCCCUUUUAAAGCUAAAAUCCUUAAUUGAAACAAUAACAAAGCGACCAUCCCGCCUCUGUUUUGGUAAAAAGUGGCGGGAUGGACCUGUAGAAAUGUAACCACUCUCAAAUUCAUAGACCGAGCUAUUGAUGCAAGGACUGACCAUGCAUGAUAUCAAAAUUAUAGUUUUAACAAUAUUUUGAGGCUAUGCAGUUUUUUUUACGUUUACCAACAUUGGAGUAAAACAAGCUUCUAUUUUGGGUUCGACAGUUGAACUAAGCUCAUGAGGCAUUUCUAAGUUAUAUUUUUCAAGAAUCAAUGUGUAUAUAUAAUGUAUUUAUUAUUCCCAAAACUGAUGUUACAACUAAGUAUUCUAGCUUUAACAUUGACUACCAAAUCUACAUCUGUGUUCUCCUGUCAUAGUUGUUAUCCACAGCACAGUUUUAUGUCUGUUCGUUUCACCUUCCAAAUGGCUUAGGGAUAGUUUCCUGGACACAAUUCAAUCCUUGUCCAGGACUAAAAACAAAUUUUCCAUAGAUAUUCUCCAUUGAACAUGUGUUUUAGUCUAGGAAUAGGCUUAGUCUGUCUGAGAAACAGGCCCUUAAUCUACCCGAUUACUCUGUCGCUAGCAAUCUUUUUUAGUUUACUUGAAAGAUUAGAUUUUAGACCUAUACACAUUUAUGUAUGCAUUGACAUUGCACCCAAACAUUUCAGUGGACUGUUUUGGUGAUGUAUCUUACUGUAGCUGCAUAGACCAAUGAAGGAUAUUUUGGUGAUAUGAAGGAUAUGUUAGCCUGAAAGCCAGACCUGUUUCUUUCUCUCCCUGUGUGACCACCUCCCUCAGAUGACCACUCAAGCCAUUAACUUUCUAAUGAUUGUCCAUCUUGUGAUGUUUUUUCUAAAUUACAUGCAUUUUUGUUUAGCUUUAAAGCCCAUUGAGAUUCUUUAUGUAAUGAAUAGUGCUAUAAAAGUUGAAUAAAUUAUUAUUAUUUAUCUGUCCAGGAAACUGGCAAUA